UGGAUGCCCCGCGCAUGCGUACUGACGGCCCUUCUGUCAAAAAUGGCUGUCCUCUGGAGGCAGGAAAAAUGCUGAAUUGUGUUGGCACGGCUCGGGAAAAGCGGCAGACAUGGCGAGAUUGGCGGACUACUUCGUUGUCGUGGGAUACGAUCAGGAAAAAGCCGGUUCAGCGGAGGGAUGCGGGAAGAUCAUUCAGCGAUUCCCCAAGAAGGACUGGGAGGGGACCGCUUUCCCUCAGGGAGUGGAGAUGUUCUGCCAGCCAGGAGGUUGGAAGUUGUCCAGGGAGAGGAAAGCGCCGACCUUCUUCACGGUCGUGCUGACGGAUAUCGAGUCGGACAGACACUACUGCUCUUGCCUCACUUUCUAUGAGGCUGAGGUCAACCUGCAGGGAUCUAAAAGUAUCGAGGUGGACGAGGACGAGGAUGAAGAUGUUGAAGAGGAUUGCUUGAUCCAGCCUGCUCAAGUGUUUGCACCAAAGAGUCUCAUUCUCGUGUCCAGACUGGAUCAUCCAGAAAUAUUCAGGGGUUGUUUGGGACUGAUCUACACCGUGCACAUCGACAGCCUUUCUGUGCCUUUAGAGGGCUUGGUGGCCAAUCUGUUUGUAUUCCAGGUUCCCGUGGCUGGCGGAUCGCAGAAGCUGUUCAGCCUCGGGGCAGGCGACCGGCAGCUCAUCCAGACGCCUCUGAAUGACACGUUACCCGUCACGUGCAAGAGUGUUGCUCUGCUCUUCCAGCAGUUAGGUAUUCAAAAUGUUUUAAGCCUGUUUUGUGCGAUUCUGACCGAGCACAAAGUUCUGUUCCACUCCACCAGUUACCAGAGACUCGGGGAAGCUUGUCGCGCUCUGGAAGCGCUCAUGUUUCCCCUCAAGUACAGUUACCCCUACAUUCCGAUCCUGCCUUCCCGCCUACUGGAGGUGCUGAGCUCCCCGACGCCGUUCAUCAUCGGCGUGCACGCCAUGUUUCAGAAUGAAAUCCAGGAUUUGUUGGACGUCAUCAUCGCGGACCUGGAUGGAGGCACGAUCAAAAUCCCGGAGUGCAUCCACUUGUCCCUCCUCCCUGAACCUCUGCUCAGCCAAACGCAGGCGGCCUUGUCACUGGUUUUGCACCCCGAUCUGGAGAUUGCAGACAAUGCGUUCCCGCCGCCUCGCACGGCUCCAUCCAACCUCAAAUUGUUGGACAAGGAGGUGAGGGCCGUCUUUCUCCGGCUGUUUGCACAACUCUUCCAGGGCUACAGGUCAUGCCUGCAACUCAUUCGCAUCCAUUCCGAACCCGUUAUUCACUUUCACAAGACUGCCUUCCUCGGCCAGCGAGGCCUCAUUGAGAACGAUUUCCUGACCAAGGUCUUGGAUGGCAUGGCCUUCGCUGGCCUCGUCUCCGAGCGCGGUCCGCCUUACCGAGCUUGUGAUCUCUUUGAUGAGCUGGUGGCCUUAGACAUUGAGCAAUUCAGGGAAGAGGAGUUCAACCCUACGAAGCUUCAGAGGCGCAUCAGAGAACUCUCCGAGCAGCUUUACAGAAAUGAGAGUCCAAACCCCCACAUGGCAUUCCAGAAAGUGCCUCGACCAUCUGAGGGAUCCCACCUGCGGGUGCACCAGAUCCCCUUCCCGUUGUUAUGCGACGAUCAAGUGGAGAAGCUUCUGCAGGAGGGUGUGGCCAAACACACCGGCGUACCGCCAUUAACGCGACUUGAGAAGAAAUGCGUCGUACCUGCUGGUCCUCCUGUCGUGUCCAUUAUGGGAAAGAGCGGCUCCGUGUUUAACAGUGCACGCAGGCUUGAGGUCGUGAGGAGUUGCAUAUCCUUCAUCUUUGAGAACAAGAUCCUCGAGACUGAAAAGACUCUUCCCGCUGCUCUGCGGGCCCUCAAAGGCAAAGCAGCUCGCCAGUGUCUGACCGAGGAGCUCAGGCUUCACGUCCAACAAAAUCGGGCCAUACUGGACCACCAACAGUUUGACUACAUUGUUCGGAUGAUGAACUGCGCCCUCCAGGACUGUUCCAGCUCAGAAGAGUACACCGUGGCUGCGGCGCUGCUGCCACUGUCAACAGCUUUUUACCGAAAACUGGCCGCUGGCGUGAACCAGUUUGCGUACACCUGCAUCCAGGACCACCCCAUCUGGGCCAACCAGCAGUUUUGGGAGGCCACUUUCUACAGCGAGGUCCAGAGCCAGAUCCGAGAUUUGUAUCUGAACACUCCGGAGGAGAAGUGGGGCAUCGCUUCCAGGCUGAAGGAUGCGGGCACGGUGCCUGCGAAAGACGAGGAGCAGACGGCGAUGGACCUGGCGGCCAAGCAGCUGCGCCUGUGGCCGAGCCUGAACAAAGAGAAGCAGCAGGAACUGGUGAAGAACGAGGAGAGCACCGUUUUCAGCCAGGCCAUCCAUUACGCCAGCCUCAUGGUCUACCUGCUCAUCCCUUUGGACACCAGCAAGAACAAAUUGCUUCGCAACGCGCCCGCGGCGGACUGGGAGAGCGGCAGCAACAGCAUCGUCACCAACAGCAUCGCCGGCAGCGUCGCCGAAAGCUUCGACACGGAAAGCGGCUUUGAGGAAUCGGAGAGCAGCGACGUGGCCAACUCGGUGGUCCGGUUCGUGGCCCGCUUCAUCGACAAGGUGUGCACGGAGAGCGGCGUGACCCAGGAGCACAUCAAGAACCUCCACAGCAUGAUCCCGGGCGUCGUUGCCAUGCAGAUGGAGGCUCUGGAGGCGGUUCACAGGGAGAGCAGGAGGUUGCCGCCCAUUCAGAAGCCUAAAAUUCUACGUCCGGCGCUGCUCCCUGGGGAGGAGUUUGUGUCAGAGGGGCUGAGGGUGCUUCUGGAUCCUGACGGCAGGGAAGAAGCUACUGGGGGUCUGCUGGGGGGCCCGCACAUCCUACCGGCAGAGGGCGCUCUCUUCCUCACCACAUACCGCAUCAUCUUUAAAGGGAUCCCCCAUGACCCGCUAGUGGGGGAGCAGGCAGUGACCAGAGCUUUCCCGGUGUCCACCUUGACAAAGGAGAAGAAGAUCAGCAUCCAGAACCAGCUCCAGCAGAACAUGCAGGAGGGCCUCCAGCUCCGCUCUGCAUCCUUUCAGUUGAUCAAGGUGGCUUUCGAUGAAGAGGUGAGCUCCGAGACGGUGGAAAUGUUCCGGAAGCACAUCCAGAGGAUCCGCUACCCGCAAUCCAUCUUCAGCUCCUUUGCGUUUGCUGCGGGGCAAACGCAGCCUCAGCUCAUCCUUCCAAAGCAAAAAGAGAGGAACACUGGCUUCAGAACGCUCUCCAAAACUAUUGUCAAGGGAGCCAAGAGAGCCAGCAAGAUCACAAUGGGCCGCGGUAGCCAGACCACACUCAAGAGGAAUGACAGAGGCAGCAGAACGACCUGGAACGAAGACGAUGACAUUUCUAUAUCGGACGAGGGAGAGCCGCCGCCCAGCAGCACUUUGAGAGCGUCCGAGAAGUCCACAAUGGAGCAGCUGGUGGAGCAGUCCUGUUUCCGCGACUACCAGCGCAUGGGCCUCGGUACCAUCACGGCCAGCUCGUCCCGCUCAAAGUCAGGCGACCAUUUCCGGAUCACGGCUGUGAACAGGCUUUACUCCCUCUGUCGCAGUUAUCCGGGACUCCUGGUGGUCCCCCAGGCCAUCCAAGACAGCAGUUUACACAAAGUGGCGCGCUGCUACAGGCACAACCGUCUGCCGGUUGUGUGUUGGAAGCAUCCUCGCACCAAAGCUGUGCUGCUGCGCUCGGGGGGCUUCCACGGCAAGAGUGUGGUGGGAUUGUUCAAAUCGCAGAACCCCUCGUCGGCAGUGCCCGCAUCGUCCUCCGAGUCGUCCAGCAGCCUUGAACAAGAGAAGUACCUGCAAGCCAUCCUCUCCUCCAUCCCGCUUUACUUCACGAUGAACGGCCAUAGCACCCUCUCGAACCGCUCCAUCGUCGGCCUCUCGCCAGGGAGCGAAAGGAGAACAUCCAGAAUGCCCAAGAUGGCUCCCGUCCAUUUAGACAUCCCCUUUUCCAACAGCUUUACCAGAGGAGUGCUCGAGUACAGAGAUAAACUAUUCACUCACUCAAACCCCAAACCUGCAAAUAAGGAGAGAAUCCACAACCAAGGCGUGUGGGCCAGCCUGCGCUCCAGCACCCGCCUCAGUCAGCACCCGUCCACCGUGGACGUGGGCGCCAGGCUCGCGGGGAAGGAUUUGGCGCCCCCUGCGGGGAGCAACAGUCUGCAGGCUCAGCUGCUCAAACAGCAGGCUGCGUUCUAUGUGUUCGGCGAGAAGUCGCAUUUGAAGGGCCUGAGGGUGGACACCUCUCUGAACUGCGAACUGGUGCCGGUGGACUUUGUCGACGUGCGACAGGUGAAAAGCUCUUUUAAGAAGCUGCUGAGGGCGUGCGCGCCCAGCGCCAACUCCUCCGACUCGGAGGACUCCUUCCUCAAAGCCUUGGAGGACUCGGAAUGGAUCCUGCAGCUUCACAAGAUCCUGCAGCUGGCCCUCAUUCUGGUGGAGCUCCUCGACGGCGGCUCAUCUGUGCUGCUCAGUCUGGAGGACGGCUGGGACGUCACCACGCAAGUGGUGUCUUUAGUGCAGCUGCUGAGCGACCCGUUCUACCGCACGCUGGAGGGUUUCCAGGUGCUGCUGGAGAAAGAGUGGCUGUCCUUCGGCCACAAGUUCAGCCAGCGGAGCAACCUGAGCCCCAGCAGUCAGGCCAGCGGCUUCACGCCCAUCUUCCUGCAGUUCCUGGACUGCGUGCACCAGAUUUUGAUGCAGUAUCCUGUGGAGUUUGAGUUUAAUCAGUACUAUCUCAAGUUCCUGGCCUACCACCACAUCUCCAACCGCUUCAAGAACUUCCUGUUGGACUCCGACUAUGAGCGCUUGGAGCACGGCUUGUUGUUUGAGGAUAAGGCCGACAAGCAGGCCAGGAGGGGCAUCUGCAUCUGGGAGUGCAUCAACCGGAUGCAUCGGCGGAGUCCCAUCUUCUUCAACUAUCUGUACAACGCGUCGGAGAGCGAAACCAUCCUCAAACCGUGGGUCGCCAUCCCAAAUCUGAACAAGUGGGACUUCUUCACGGACGAGACGCUGUCGACGGGGCCGUGCUACGACUGGCGACUGACGGCGGCCCGGUCGGACGGCUCCGAGGAGCCCCAGACCAUCUCCAGCAGCAAGAGGAGGAUCGUGUGGCCUUGCUACAGCAGCGUGAGCCGCGCUCAGCCCGACGCCGUCACCAAGCUGCUCGCCGACAUUGAGAAACUGGAGGGGGAGGUCAACCACACCCCCGAGAGGUGGCAAACCACUCUGGACAGAGCGCUCAUUAGCAUCCAGGAAGACUUCAAACAAGAAGGAAGUUCUCACUUGUGAGCGGAGACAUUUUCUUCAGGCGGAGCUGAGCCCAGAGAAACGUGAUUCCCAAUGACUCAAAUUCUAAACGAAUUUCGUUAGGGCCACAGGUAAAAUGGAGUCCAUCUAGGAGGCGGCGGUAUAGAGCUCGUGCACCUACGUCAUCAAAUCACGUCACUGGCAAGUGACGGUCAAACAAAGCGUUCUUCAAUGCCAAAACGGUUGAGACGAAAAGAAAAUGUCUGAUAGCACGACGCCCAGAGUUUUGUCCGAUACCGUUAAACAUUUAGAAGGUGAUAAUAAAUGAAGGUACGUGGAAAAAUGAGAGACACUUGGCAUGGAGGAUCCAUAUUUAACGUCGAAGUCGAUGUUUUCGCCGAUAAGUAAGUGGACCGUUAACCCGCUUCCGCAUGUCUUGGACGACUGGAUCUACACGCGGAUCUGGUGAGUCAGUCGUCCAGAUUUACACGCAAGAGUUUGCAAGCGCAGAAAAGUCUGGAUGCAUGCAAAUACUUUGUUGCUGGAUCGGUUCUCAAUCAAGAAUAAGUCCCACAUAGUGAUGGAGCCACUCAGAUAUUUUCAAUACAAAUGCCAAUAUUUCAAUAAAUGACACAAACUCGCAUGAUUGGGAAGAAAAAAAAACAGCGAGUCAGCUCCUCCGUACACGGAAGCGUGUUGCGGCCACACGUUGAACUUCCGUAAACCUCUCCGUGACAGGUGUUGUUUUUUUUUUUUUUUUUUAAAUAUUUAAAAAAAGAAAAUAAACCGCUGGCAUAGGCUUCAGCCCCUCAUACACGGAAGCGCAUUGCGGCCACACGUUAACCUACGUAAACAUCUGUGACCGAUGGUUUAUUUUCUUUUUUUAAAUAUGCAUUGGACUCAUUUGAGAACAAUGCAUAAUAUUUUUUUUUUUUAAAAGUCUGCCGGUGAGAGGUUUACGAAGAUUAAUGUAUGGCUGCAUAAUGAAAAAAAUUUAAAAAGUCUGUCGGGGAAAGGUUUACCGAAGAUUAAUGUGUGGCCACAACACGCUUCCGUGUACGUUUGGAGAUGACUCCCUGUCGUUUUUUUUUUUUUUUUAAAGCAUAGUUCUCAAAUGAGCCAACUUGCCAUUAUAAAUACUUCUUGGGAAUUUGAUAUUGAGAAGAAUAAUUCCUACCUGAAGUAUUUGGUUGGGCAACAUCCAUCACGUUCAAUUGCUGAAAUCCAUCGAUCUUUUCUGGUCUUUUCAGCUGAUAUUCCGUAGAAUGAUCUCUUUGAAUAUCUGUCUCGUCUGUCGUGACAAUCAACAGCAGCACAACAGGUCUCGGGCGCUGCGAAUAUUCUGCUCCGGUUCAAUGUCCCUCCCCCCUUACUGUCGAGCAGCUCUUUUUGACCUGCAAUAUGGCGCCGUGAAAACGGUGACGUCACGUGCAGGAGCCCUGUACACAUUCGACACUCGUAAGUCCACUUUGGUACCACUUUGCAUUUUUUUUUUUUCUGGCAACUUAAAAAGACUAAACUCCAUUUUGCAACAUGAGAAAUGUAGUAUUUGUUUUACUUGGCCACAUAAAUGAUGAUGCGAUGGUGUGUGUCCCCCCCCGCCGAGGCCUCUAGUUCAACACCUGCACUGUGGGCCUUUGAUCUUCUUUUUCUUCCACGUGACGUGCCGGGCUUUGUCCCAUUUUUGCGUGUUUUUUUUUUUUUUCUUUUUUUUUUUUU